CAGGACGUAUUUAAAAUAGUUUUACCUAAUUUAUUUACUUGAUUCGCAUACUUGCAGUAUAAUAUUUAAAACGACAGUCUCGAAGUAAUUAGAUAAGAGAUAUGCGUUAUUGCUGUGUAAGUUCUGUAAAACGAUAACAACAUAAUUUACAAAUACCUGGACUGAAAAUUAUUAUUGUGUUUAAAUUGUCUUAGAAAACUUCUCGUAAUGGUAAACAGAUCUGACGACCACACUAUCGCAAGUAUUUACAAUAGUUUAACUUAUAUGUUUGGAUAGAUAAGCACAUUUUACAAUAGUACUAGAUUUCAAAAUGGCCCUCUCGAGGUCAUUAGAAAAAGGACAGACUCUAGUUCUCUGCCAGUUCUGUGAAAAUGAUAGCAAGAUUACAAACAAAUGCCUGGACUGCAAACUAUUACUGUGUGCGAAAUGUUCUAAUAAACUUCACGCAAUGGUAAAAGGAGCUGGCGACCACACUAUCGUAAAUAUAAGAAGUUUGGGGCCCCAACAUUCUGUAGAAUUAAAGGAUUUUAGAAGUAUAAAAUGUAAGCAACAUCCAACUCAAACAGCCUGCUUAUUCUGUAGCACAUGCGAGCAAGCAGCAUGUCCGACCUGUGUUACAAAAGUGCACAAGAAACACAAUAUAAUAGAAUUUCAGGAUAUAUAUCAACUUAAAAUUGAACGACUGCACUGUGGGCAAGGGAAAGUAGAUAACGACUACAAGGAAUUAGCAAAGAGAGGCAAAAAUUUAGAUCACAUCAAAAUAGAGGAAAACUCAAGACUUUCAAACAUACGAGAAAGCAUCCGUGACCGCGCAAUACUUAUAAAAAGUGAAGUUGAUGAAUGUGUAUGUAAGCUUAUUUCUGAAGUUGAUGCAGAGAAUACAAAAUUUGACAGGACAUUUCAAAACGAACAAAAUCAAAUUGAGAACAUUAAGACAAAUCUGAAUGCUCAAAGACAAAAGGCACAAGAUAUGGCAGACUCGAGUGAUAUGGUUGAGUUCUUUGCUAAGAUAGUUGAUGUCACCAAAUCGAUAGAGGAAUGUUUACCGCCAACCUAUUCAAUUACAAGAGAACUUCACUUUCUUCCAGGCUUAGAGUUUCACCCAAGUGUUGUAGGCGUACUUCAACACGAGAACGAAAAUCUUGAAUAUAAACUGAAGAUGGAAAUAAACAAGAAAUAUGUUUCUGAAGAAGAUGUUGUACAGUUUCUUACCGCAGGUUCUGACAAUUCAUUGUGGUAUAGUAAUAAUAUAGAUCAAAAUGUGAUGAAAAGAGUAAAACCUGGUGAAAAAGGCCUUGAAAUUGUAUCAAGAGUAAAUUUGAUGGUUUAUGGUAUUGUUUGCAUUCCUGGUUAUGGCCUGCUGCUAUCAACCGACGAAGAGACGCUCAAAAUCAUCAUAGAAAACAGCGACGAGAUGCUUGAUUCUCGUUUUACAGUAAGCCCACUAGAACCAAAAUGCAUCCAUUUAACUAAGGAUAAUAAGUUAGCCAUCGGCGCAAAAGGUAAAGGACCGCUAUAUCCAGCAUCCGGGCAACGAGUAGUCAUACUCAUGGACAUGGAGGGAAACAUAUCUUCUACAUUUGAGUUCAACAAAAAAGGGAAACGAUUGUUCACACAUCCGUGGGGAAUAUCGAGUACGACCAAUGGAAAUAUUUUCAUUCUGGACAGAAGAUUGGUUGUUUUAAAACAAGACGACGGAAGCGUUAUAGAUAUAUACAAUGGCCGGAAAGGACAAGAUUUCGUUCCAAGAGCAAUAGUGGCAACGGAAGCUGACAACAUUAUUAUAACGGACUGUGAUGAUCCUGAUGUAUCGCUUCAUAUCUUCAACAAUUCUGGAAAGCUGAUUUCUUACUACAAUACUAGGGACAUUGGCAUAGAAAAACCGUUUUCAAUGACUUUUUCAGCCACUGGACAUUUUUACAUCGGAGGAACAACGAUAAGUGAUAGUGGCGAAAAAGCUGAACUGUUUGAGAUCGAUUUCAUUGAAACCUAGUUCUGUUGGCAUUAAAUUCCUUAUAAAAUGAAAAACAAUUAUGUUUUGUACAUUUAAAAAUAAGAAGAUGUGGUAUAACUUCCAAAGCGACAACUUUCCACCAGAGACGUUAACAACUAUAGGUCACCGUACGGCCUUCAACAAUGAGCAAAUCCCAUACCGUUUAGUCAGCUAUAAAAGGCCCCGAGAUGACAAAUGUAAAACAAUUUAAACGAGAAAACUAAAGGCCUGAUUUAUGUAAAAAAAAAAACAACAUUCCGCUAACCUGGGACAGUGGUGUAACAGUUUAACAUAAGAACAAACUAUAAAAAUCUGUUGAAAAGGGCUUAACUCAUCAGAUCGAUACAAAACAGAAAAUAAGUAACAAAAACACAGAUCGAACGUGGCAGGGUAUUCAUACACCCAUACAACAAAAAAGACACUAAGUACAGAUCUGAGAGUACUCGCAGUUACUGACAGCUAGUUCAAAGCCAAUAACAACUAGUAAAAAAUCAGAUAUCUAAGACUAAAGUAUCAAGCAGUACACAACCAACAUCCAAUGAAUUUAGCGUCAAGACGUCAUUAACAGACAGAGAAAAACAUGACCUUGUAUUAAGCCAAAAUACAGGUGUUGACAGAUUGUAGAACCGUGAAUGUGCAUAUGUAUAUGUAUAUGUAUAUGUAUAUAACAAAAAUAUUAGUUUGAUUUUAAUUUACUGAUAGCAAAAUUAAUAUUCAUACCAAUAAAUACAAUAUUUAAAGAUCUAAUGACAGUGUUGAUUUGGUAACCUUUUAGAAUAAGUUUAUUUAAAGGAUCGAUUAGUUGACCUGGAUCGUACGAAAGCCGAAAAGGAUCAUUCAUAUUUUAAAAUUCAAAAUUCAAAAUUCAAAAAUC